CAUGAGCCUGAUCCAAUUUGAAAUAAGAGCAGAAAGUGAACUGCACCAUGGACUGAUAACUAAUACAAUAUCAUCGGGAACAACAAGCGUGGCAUUGUGAUGCUAACAACCAACUGAGAGAAGUCAUGACCUUACUAUUACAGUAAUAUAAAGGAUAUAAUCCUAACUUGACCUAAAUGUAAUGCAAUUUGAUUUUCAAUAAAUAAGCAUGCAAUAAACAAUGUUACAAGUAGCAUACAAAUGAUAUAAUGUUGACAGUAACGCCGCAGACACUGUUAACCAUAUGCUCCUUGAGCAAUGACAGAUUAUAAAAACCGUGGCCAAGGCAGAGGCAUGUCGCAGUAGAGUGAGAGGGACUGAACAGAGUACGCAGAGAAGGGAAUUGUACAACUUUGAACAGGCUCAUCUGAGACUUUCUGAAUUGCGGUACGUGACUAACCUGGAGAAGAAUGAAAGGCAUGUGCUAUUUUACCAAUGUGGUCCUGUUCUGCAUAGCCAGUGGAGCAAGUGGAUGGCUCAUCCAUAACUCGACAGAUUCCACUUCAAUAGCCAAUUUCACCGACAUGAACUCAACGUUAAACGCGCAGGUGUCUGCGCUCAUCCCCAAGUCUAGACGGAAACGCUGGAUUUCACAAAGUGACAUGCUUGCCAUCCUUGACUAUCACAAUAAAGUCCGAGCAAACGUCUUUCCACCUGCUGCAAAUAUGGAGUAUAUGGUGUGGGAUGAAGGCCUUGCCAGAUCUGCUGAAGCCUGGGCAGCCACAUGUCUCUGGGAACAUGGACCACCAUUUCUACUGAGAUACCUGGGACAGAACCUGUCGGUCAGAACAGGGGGAUAUCGCUCCAUUCUGCAGCUGGUCAAACCUUGGUAUGACGAAGUCAAUGAUUACAUGUUUCCAUACCCUCGUGACUGCAACCCCAGGUGUCCAAUGAGGUGCUCUGCACCGAUGUGUACACAUUACACUCAGAUGGUGUGGGCUACAACGAACAGAGUUGGCUGUGCAGUUCAAACGUGCUAUAACAUGGUUGUCUGGGGAGCCAUGUGGAGACAAGCAACAUACCUGGUCUGUAAUUAUUCUCCAAAGGGGAACUGGGUAGGAGAACCUCCCUACAGAGUUGGCAUCCCAUGUUCAGCAUGCCCACCAAGCUACGGAGGCUCAUGUAGUAACAACCUAUGUUUCCCUGCAAUAACGUCCAACUACAUGUACUGGUUCAAGUAAACCAUUUAGACAUCUGUUUUAAUAAUGAACUGUCAGAUAUCAUAAUUUCACAUUGCUUCAAAUGUCAGAUGUAUUUCCCCCAAGUACUUUAUAUGUACAAUGUACCUUUUUAUACAAUUACACAUUUUGAAUUAGAAGCUACAUUUGAUUUGGUUUUGAGAUGUAAAUGAGUAUCAUACAUUGUUAUGUUGUAGCAUACAACUUAUUGUUGUCUUACCAUCAUAUUGAUGGUCAAAUGUAUUGAUCAGCAAUCAUGUUGUUUUUGUUGGUGACUUUUGAUUGACUAUUUGGUACAGAGGUCAAACCUACAAAUACCUCCACUAAGGCAGUGGUCAAUAAGCUUCCUCAUAAUUAUAAAGACAAGAGUAUAUUGGAUCGAUCGACUCCAGCUCACUGUACCAUAUGUCAGUAGCAUUUUCAACAUUGAUAAAUAUUGUUUUAUUAAAGAUUUACUGUAUUUUUGUAAGUACUUCUGAAGUGUUUUCCAGAACAUGAAUUACAUGUUGUUUUUUUUAUUUGCAUGAAGCUUCAUAUUUUUACACCAUUGAAUGUCACUUAUAUUUGUGUUCAUGUAAUUGCUAUGGCCUGUUACCAUUGUUAUAGAAUAAAGACUGCUAAACUGUA